AUGACCGACUACGUGCCGUGCGCGACGCCCCCUGCCCCUGCCAAGGGCUUCUUCUCGAGCAUGAACCCGCUUUCGCUUUUCGAUGAUGUGGAGACGCUCACGCCGCACGAAUUUCUCCGCGAUUUCUACACGCGUCAAGGCCUGUACGACAAGUUGGAAGACGUGGACGCGUUGGUGGAGACGUACGGCCACCAAAUGCACAUCCUGUACGCCGAGCUCGACAAGAAGUACGGCACCUCAUUUUGUACCAACCCUCCACCUGUGGCGUCUGAAACCCGCAUCGCGGAGCCCGUCACACCGUCAUACACGUACGCUGCUCCCACGACCCCCAAAAGUCCCGGUAAAGCUCCGGUCAACAAAAUUGUCCUGUUGGGGAACUCCGGAGUGGGGAAGACCAACUUGAUCAGUCGCCUGCACAAGGGCGAGUUCAAUGAGGAGUUCGCGUCUACGAUCGGUGUCGAGUUCCUCACCCACGUGGUGAAGGUCGACAACGCGGACGUGAAGGCCCAGAUCUGGGACACCGCAGGACAGGAGCGGUUCCACGCCAUGAUGUCGACCUACUACCGCAAGGCUGCAGGAGCGCUGCUGGUGUUUGAUGUCGGGAACCGCGCGAGUUUGCAAGACGUCGAGCGGUGGCUCGAUCAGCUGCUGAAUGUCGCUGAGCCCGGACUGCACGCCACACUCGUCGGCAACAAGUGCGACCUGCCCGCCGACAAACGAGCGGUGACAGCAGAGGAAGCCCGACAGUUUGCAGCGGCCCACCACAUGGCCUACGUUGAGACGUCCGCCAAGACGGGCCUCAACGUCGAGGAGGCUUUCCGUGGCCUGGUUGCAGCCAUCCACAGGGCGAGACUGGCGGACAUUCAAGAAGCCACUCUCGCUACAGUCGAACUCAGCGGCAAGAAGAGUAGCUCCAACUCGCUCUUCGACUGCAAAUUCUUCUAA